AUGGGGUCGCCGUUUCGAAGCACCCGUCAUGACGCCUAUAAACUCUCCUCUUCACCGAUCUUGCCAUCCCUUGACCAGAUCAAGUCACAAUUCCCCAAGCAGCCACCCAUACGAAGCCCCAUAGCUGCCAAUUCCACACCAACACAUGCGAGCCAUCACUUCGCCAAUCCUUCGAGCUUCCUUCGCCGGGAAAAACCUGCGAUUGACUUGACGACGCCAUGUAGAGAUGAACCUGCGCCACAUCGACCACAAGAAGAGGAGGAGGUCACAGUGAUAUCCAUUGCGAACGUACCCAGACCGAAACGCAAGAGGGGCGUCAAAGUUCUUGAGAAAAAGGCGUUCCAACCGCCUUCACCCUCCAAACCGAUCAAAGAUGCGUCUGCCAGUCCACCAGGGAAGAAGUAUGCGAACCCCAAGAAACCAGCUGCAAAGUCUGAGAAAAAACCCAAGACUGCAAAGCCCAAGGCAGCAACAAAGAAGAGUGGUGUUCAGAGUCGCCACUUUGCGAAGCCCAAGUCUGAAGGCAAAGAGGAUUCACCUUUACCACCACCAGAAACAGAGCAGGAUGCCAAUGAGCCAUUGGAGCUCGAGGCGGCAUUAAGACGUCGUGUGGACUGGACACCGCCGCCAGCCGACAAUGGCAUGACUUCAGGAUCGAAAUCUUCCCAGGCCAUCGACCUCCUAUCCUCGACUGUGAAAAGCCCAGGGCGUGCCGCGUCGAAGGAAACGUUCGACAAUCUUUUCGAAAAGUUUGGUCGGCCGGACGAGGAAUUGAAGAGACCCUCGGCUGAGCCGUCCGAUGGCGACAGACCGGUGUUGAAGAAGAGGAAGUUGAUCGAGACAGUGCCCAUCAACGAAUCGUCAAAAAUGGGGCCACCUCAGAAGGGGCCCUUGAAAGUAAAAGCACCGAGGAAGAAGCCACGUACAAUCACCGAACUGGCCACGGCAGCCUAUGCGGUUCCAGAUGCUACAGAACAGGAGCAGCCGUCUGCGGCUCCAGUCGAGAGUGUCGAGGACGGAGAAGAGACUGCCAAACCUAAAGGAAAGAAGAGAACAUCCAAAGCAAAGAAACCAAAAAAGGCUCCUCCACCUGAACCCAUUCUGUUGUCACCAACUGCAGCCCUCAGACAAGCUGCGAAGCAAGAUUACGUUUUCGGGACUUCGAGCCAGCUGGCACGUGAACACUCGCCUACUUUCCUCAAGGAUCUCCAGUCUGCGCUGCAGGCAUCAAAUUCAAAGAGAGAAGAUCAUUUCGUGACUCCGAUCAACAGCGACGAAGUUGAACCAGAACCCAAGCAAAAGCUUUGGGACGUAGGCGCGAGAGAUGAGGAUGGCAGGCUGCUGGAUUUGGAAGUCAUCAAUCUUGCCGACACUCCACAAACAGCACUGCACGUUGCAGAUGGCCUCAAUCCUUUUGGUUAUGCUGGAAUCGAUCAAACAAUGGCGGCCCCGCCACCUCAUAUGCCGUCAGAUGUCUCUUUCCCGGAUAUCGAAGACCUCCUGGCAAGAGACAUGGCAAUCGACUUGCCGCCACAUCCUAUUGUUUCUACACAAGAGAAAGUAAAUGCGCCAUUACCGGCUCACAUGUUGUCGGACAUGUCCUUUCCAGAUAUUGACGAUCUUCUGGGAAAAGAGACCGAUCAGAAUGGCAAGCCUCAGACUCAGAAACAAGCAUUACCCUCUUCGCCGCCUCCUAGGUCAGUCGAAAUCACAUCUCAGUCUGUGGAAGUGCUGUUGGUCUCUUCUGGUUCUGGACCAAACCAUGUGGAAAAAGCUAGCACUCUGCCACCACUGGAGUCACCGCCAGUACAAGCCUCUGAAGCGUCCAAGCCUGUAGCGACGGAGGAUACGGCCCCAGAGAUAGCGAAACCAGACUUUAGUCUCUACACUGACAACCAACUUGCGCGAGAGAUUUCGUCAUACGGAUUCAAACCAGUCAAGCGAAGGCAAGCCAUGCUUGCACUUCUAGACCAGUGCUGGGUGGGCAAGCAAAGGACUGCCCUUUCAUCGCUUCCCACGAACCGCCCCAUCACGACCACGUCCCAGGCGCAAGCUGCUGCCAAGUCACAGAAACCAGCAACCGCCGUUUCUCCCAAGAGGCCGCGUGGUCGUCCGCGGAAGACCAGCCUAGUUGAAGCUGAAGCUGAAGUUGAAAUGCCUUCCAGUGAGCCGCCACCGUCCGCUCAGCCGCCACCACCUUCUCCCAAACGAGGCCGUGGUCGACCGAGGAAGAAUGCCGAGUCGACGACAGCUACUCCCUCGACGGCCAGUAAGAAGGGCAAGUCGAAAGCAACGUCUGGCGCAUCAAAAGAGCCGAAAACAUCUAGGAAGGCGGCUUCGGCAGUGGCAUCACCGCCUCGGAAGAAAACGAAAGUGACAAAGGUCAUCGAGAUCCCAGAUUCGGAAUCAGAAGGGCCGCUUUCCUUGUCACCAUCGCCAUGCUCUUCACCUGAGCCGACUUUCUCACCAGCCCCCGAGGAAGCUUCAGUGUCAAUUGGCGACGAUACAGAAAUGUCACUCGCAGCGUCCCAAAGCCAGCGAUCGGAAGUCUUGUUCGCGCGUAUCACUGAAGCUGUGACCUCGUCGCCUCCAACGACAGACCCCAAGAACCCGUCCUUCCACGAGAUGAUGCUAAUGUAUGAUCCGAUUGUGCUUGAAGAUCUUGCUGGUUGGCUCAACACCGGACAGCUAUCCCGGGUCGGGUAUGACGGUGAAGUCUCGCCAACGGAAGUGAAGCAGUGGUGUGAGUCAAAGAGCGUUUGCUGUCUGUGGCGCGAGAGCUUGCGAGGAAAGGAGCGGAAGCGGUACUGA